ACACCACCAAGAACGCCGACCAUAAAUGCAACAGCAGCUCAAACGCUAGCCUCGGAGAUCCGCGAUAUACUCCAUGCCUUGUCAAAGCUUCCAGAUCUUAGACCUGGAAACAAGAUCAACACACUUCUGACGCGUCUCGUCAGCUUGUGCGUAAUACCAUACAGCACGGAGCUUGUCAACUACUUCUUUAAUAUAGAAGGGGUACUUACAUUGUGCGAGAAGUUACGUCCGCUCUGCGCUACAGCUGAAGGGGAACUGGAACGCUUCUGGGCCUCAAAGAUCGUCGAUGAAUCUGUAAAGUCACAAGAAACACCCCACCAGACACGAGCCCUCCUCACCACCUUCCCGUAUCAUCAAAAUUACAUCGACCUCUCGCGCAUCGAAUGCGCCACCCUCUCCGCCUUUCUGCCCUCGCCAACAACACCGCCUCAGAACAUCGCAUUCAUCGGCUCUGGACCACUGCCUCUCACUUCGCUAUGCAUACUCGACAUCUAUCCGUCUGCACACGUGCAUAACAUCGACCGCGACACCUCAGCACUAGCCAUCAGUCGAGAUCUGUGCUCGAGAUUGGGAUAUGCGGACCGAAUGAGCUUCGCUUGUACGGACGUGGGUGCCGUGGAGGGUGAGGAUGAGACAAAAUGGGCGACUUUCGAUGUGGUGUUCUUCGCUGCGCUGGUUGGUAUGGAUACGCCGUCGAAGCUGGCAAUUCUUGAGGACCUGGUAAGGAAGUUGAGGCCCGGUACGCUGGUGGUGGCGAGGAGUGCGAAGGGGUUGAGGGGUGUUCUGUAUCCGAUUCUUGAAUUGGGUGAGGACCUGGAGAGGGUGGGUCUUGAGAUGUUGGUUGAAGUGCAUCCGUGGACUAAGGUAGUGAACUCGAUAAUCGUGUUCAGGGUCACGGAGCGUUGA